CAAAAAUGGUCCAAUUUCACGACCACAUCAUCUCCGAACUAUUAGAAGACCCCACCGGCGGCGGCGGCCUAGUGGUUCUCUCCUCCGGCCUCGGCCUCCAUAAACUAAUCGCCGGAAUCCUCCACAUCCACCACCCAUCCACCGGCACACUUUUAAUCCUCUCAUCAUCCCCUUCUCAAAAACACUCAAUCCUCACUUCCCUAAACCCUAAUUCCACGGUUUCACCGUCGGAAAUCACUUCUGAUCUCCCCGCGCACCACCGCCUGUCUCUAUAUUCAUCCGGUAAUGCUUUUUUCAUCACGUCUCGUAUCCUAAUUGUUGAUCUUUUGACACGUAGGCUUCCGACUUCUUCGGUUGCUGGAAUCGUGCUCCUGAAUGCGCAUUCGUUGUCGGAAACGUGCACCGAAUCGUUUAUCGUUAGGAUUUUGAGAGCUGCUAAUAAGAAUUUGUAUGUUUAUGCUUUUUCGGACCGGCCUCAUUCUAUGGUUUCUGGUUUUGCUAAGGCCGAACGAACACUUAAGUUUCUAUUUCUUAGAAAGCUUCAUCUUUGGCCUAGAUUUCAGGUGAAUGUAUCAGAAGAUCUAGAGAGGGACCCACCGGAAGUGGUGGAUAUUAGAGUUCCGAUGUCUGCAUACAUGAUAGGGAUUCAGAAAGCCGUGAUAGAGGUUAUGGAUGCUUGUUUGAAGGAGAUGAGGAAAACUAACAAAGUUGAUGUGGAGGAUUUGACUGUGGAAAAUGGUUUGUUCAAGUCGUUUGAUGAGAUUGUCAGGCGGCAAUUGGAUCCCAUUUGGCAUACGUUAGGGAAGAAGACUAAGCAACUUGUCUCAGAUUUGAAAACGUUGAGGAAGUUGCUUGAUUAUCUUGUUAGGUAUGAUGCAGUGACUUAUUUAAAGUAUUUGGAUUCAUUGAGGGCGUCAGAGAGUUUUCGCUCUGUAUGGAUAUUUGCAGAGUCCAGUUAUAAGAUCUUUGAGUAUGCAAAAAAGCGGGUUUAUCACUUUGGGAGAUCAAACGGCGAAAUUUCGGCUGCCCCAACUAAGAGUUUGAAGUCCAAAAAGAGGAAGUUAGAUGAUGGCGAUAAGGAUAAAGAAGAUACUUCCGGGAUGGAUGCCAAUGGUAAAGUAUUUUUGGAGGAAGUCUUGGAAGAGGCACCGAAGUGGAAAGUCUUGCGUGAGAUACUUGAAGAAAUAGAAGCAGAAAGGAAGAAGCAAGCUACAUCAAGUGAAGAAUGCCAUGUUGAAAGUGCUCAAGAGGAUAAUGGGAUUGUUUUGGUUGCCUGUAAAGAUGAACACUCUUGUGUGCAGCUUGAGGAGUGUAUCACAAGCGAUUCAAAAAAGGUCAUGCGAGGAGAGUGGGAGAAAUAUCUGCUUAGCAAAGUGCAGUUGCAUGCCUUACCAAAACGUAACAAGAAAAAACCUCAAAACCCUAAAGGUUUUGGUGUACUUAAUGGAUCAGUAUCUUUAACACCUGGCAAAGUAAUAGAAGGUAAUAGUAGCAUAGUAAUACAAGAAAACAAUGCACUCCUAGCAGCAGCAACAGAAAUAAGCAAGCAAGCCGAAAAAGUUAUUGAAGUAGCAGAUGAUCCUCAAAUCUGUGCGGUCAGUAAAGGACGGGGAAAAGGAAACUCGAAAGGCAAGAACAAGAAGCUGUCAAGAAAUGCUUCCUCAAAAAAAGUUGAUAAUAACAAAGUUGAGGAAGCAUCGGUUGAAGUAUCUGAGCCAUCUGUAAAUGAACCUGAAAAGGCUGAAAAUACAACAAUUGGCAGAAGUAUUCUCAAAAAGCAUGUGGGAGGGAAACAUAUUCCUCCGGUUCACUUCUAUGCCUAUGAAAGUGGUCAACAAGUUCUUGACAUUUUGAAGCCGUCUGCAAUUGUUGUCUACCAUCCUGAUGUUGCUUUUGUACGAGAAAUAGAAGUAUAUAAAGCAGAAAAUCCCUCAAAAAAGGUGAAAGUAUAUUUUUUGUUUUAUGAAGAUUCUACAGAAGUGCAAAAGUUUGAGGCCAGUAUACGCCGUGAAAAUGGAGCUUUUGAAUCCUUGAUAAGGCAAAAGUCGAUGAUGAUGUUGCCAGUUGACCAGGUUGCUCAUGGGCUCGGUCUAAUUUCUGCCAGUCAGACAGAAUCUCCAUCAAAACAAAAUAUGGUAACAAGGAAGGCAGGUGGACAGAAGGAAGCCAGCAAAGAGAUGCAAGUCAUAGUGGAUAUGAGGGAGUUUAUGAGCAGCCUUCCAAAUGUACUUCAUCAAAAGGGCAUGAACAUAAUACCAGUUACUCUAGAAGUUGGAGAUUACAUUUUAUCACCGAAAAUAUGUGUGGAGAGAAAAAGCAUACAAGAUCUUUUUGGUAGCUUUGCAUCUGGUCGUCUGUACCACCAGGCUGAAAUGAUGAUUCGUUAUUACCAGAUACCCGUUCUAUUAAUCGAGUUCUCACAAGACAAAAGCUUUUCAUUUCAGUCAACAAGUGAGAUUGGUGAUGAUGUCACAUCCCAUAAUAUCAUAUCAAAGCUAUCUUUGCUUGCUCUACAUUUUCCUCGUUUGCGAAUCGUUUGGUCUCGUAGCUUGCAUGCGACUGCAGAAAUUUUUGCCUCUCUAAAAAUGAAUCAGGAUGAACCCGAUGAAGCCAAGGCAACUAGAGUUGGAGUACCUUCUGAAGAAGGUAUUGUGGAAGAUGACGUUAGAGCUGAGAAUUACAAUACGCCUGCUGUUGAGUUCUUAAGGCGGUUACCAGGGGUGACUGAUUCCAAUUACAGAGCCAUAAUGGAUGGAUGCAGCAGUUUGGCUGACCUUGCCCUCCUCCCGUUGGAGAGGCUGGCUGAGCUAAUGGGUGGUUCGAAAUCCGCCAAGAUUCUGAGGGACUUCCUUGAUGCCAAGUAUCCCACCUUACUCUAAAACACAGCAGUAUCAUCUCAACCACAGCAUUUGUUGUACAAUUAUUAUGAUUUUAUUAAUUUGUUGUAAACAUGCGCUCGACAUUCCUUGUACUUUCAUUGUUAUUCCAUCUGAGAAUUUCUUUUAUCUCACGUUUUUGGGUCAUAUCAAAGGUGGGACUCGAAACCUUUGUCGGCUGUGUUUGGUGUUUUUAUUGUUAAUUCAACGGUAUCCAAUAUUCACUA